AUGCCCCUUAAGACCGUCUUCAUCACCGGAUGCGGUCCGGGUGGCAUCGGUUCGGCCCUUGCGAUAGAGUUCCAUCUGAGGGGCCACCGCGUCAUCGCCUCAUCAGAGGAUCUACCCACACAUCUCCAGGAUAUCGGCAUCGAGACGACGGUCCUGGAUGUCACAUCGCAAGACUCGAUUGAGAGAGCUGUGGCGCACGUGUCUAAGCUCACAGACGGCAAGCUAGACAUCCUGAUCAAUAAUGCCGGCGUCUUGCACAUUAUGCCCUUCGCACACACUAACGUCACCGCUGCACGCCGCGUUCUCGAUGUCAACGUGUUGGGCGUAUUUGCCGUGACGCAGGCAUUUCUUCCGUUCCUCAUAAGUGCUGCUGUAGCUACUAGGAAGAAUAGCGACAGUAGUGGGAAAGAAACUGCGCUAGUAGCGAAUAUCGGCAGUGUUAACGCUCAACUUAAGCCAGCAUUCUUUGGUAUUUAUAACGCGUCGAAGGCAGCCCUUGAGGUUCUAGGUGCUACUAUCCGCCCGGAACUGGCGCCGCUAGGGAUCCGCGUUGUGACUGUAAAGACUGGUGGCGUCGGGACUGGACUCUUCGCCAAUGCACCCCCGACAAAAUUACCAGAGGACAGUCCAUAUCAGCCGCUACGGGAGUAUAUUGAAAGUCGAAAAAUGCUGGAGCGGAUACAAUAUAUAGAUCCUGCAACGUAUGCGAAAAGGGUAGUUGAUGAGCUGCUCAAACGCACUGUAAAGCCUGUCAUUUGGCACGGCCCCAUGUCGACAAUUGCCUGGAUAUUGAGUUGGUUUGGCUGGGAAGGGAUGACAGAUAGUAUUUACAUCAAAGAGAACAUGUUAUAUAAGUGCGCUAUAAAUGCAUAG